CAGACCAGUUACAGUUAAGUUUUUUAAAGGAAAAUUAAAAGUGUGUUGCCAGUCUCAAAUGAGUAACAUUUGAAAACGCCCACACUUUGGGAAGGUCAAAAAAUAUAAAAAUUAUUUAAUUUACUAAAUUCAUGGAAACUUUAUUCUUUGUUCUAUACAUUAUAAAUAAAUUUAGUAUGAUGCCUUGGUUAAUUACGCCAAUGCCACCCUUCCUCCACAACCAUCCUUCUCUAAUGACAUGGUGAAAUAGAGUAAUAAAGCCUCAAGAGCAUGCGAGUUACAGUGAAAUUUAGAGCAACUCACAAGGUCGUUGUGAAGCGUCCUUAUAAAAGUUCUGUAAACCAAAAUGUAUUGCCUUUAAAAAAACAGUUACUACAUAUUAUUGGCAGCAGUUCAUCAAACAAACAUGGCAACAAACCGCUUUUCUGCGGAGGAUUGUAGUUGUUCAGGGACACUUAACACAGAGCAGAGACACGCAAUAUUUUUUAUCUCGUUUGGUCGGCAAUUCUGUGUUUUAACUGUGCGGGGGCCACGUUCUAGCAUCUUCUGUCAUGGUUUGAGACAACUUGUAUUAAUGUUUCUGCUGCUGACUUUAGCGCUGGCCUUCCUAAGCUGCCUUUGGGAAAUUGUGUUGUCGGUCUUUUGACUAAAUGGUAAGAGAUGGAAAAAGGAAUUUACUGUUGCUUUCCAGAAAUUUAAUUUUUGUGUUGGAGUGGUGUUUGUCCAGCGAAGAGAUGGGAUGCAACAGGUUCCGAUGCUGUGUGUGUGGACGGCACUAACACUGAUGUAAUGCUGUCACAGGUGUGUGUUUAUAGAGAAGUAACAAUACUUUUUUGAACUCGGCCAGGGCUCAAACAUGGCCCAGAACCCUCUCAGACAGGCUCUGAGGACAGUCGGACAUAGAGUGGUAGGGUGAAGUGUAAGUUCUAACUGCUUUUCAGGGGUACACUUCAAUUGGAGGUCUAUGUAAUAUCUUCCAGAUCAACUGAAUCCAAGAAAACCGUUAACAUUAUAAAGCUUAUGUUGCUUAGAAGGUUGUGAAGCUAGGCUUACCACAAUAGAAUUCGAUUGCAGUCUCCUAUGCUGUACACACCAUAAACUUCAAAUAUUCCCACCCAGUGAAGACAUUUUUUGACUUGUGUCCCCAUAGUCUGCAAUAACUUGUCACAUCUGCUUAAGUGAUGCGCCAUGUUCUUGAAAGGGUUUCCCAUUUCCUCGGGUUAGAAUUUAACCACUACCUCUAAUAUGAUUGUAGUGGCAAGCUGUAUUAGAAAGGGCUCUGGGUAAAAAAACUAAAAAACAUGCACAUGCAUACUCUGGAAAUGUGGACACACAUGAACACAGUGUUAUGUGUAUUUAUCACAUGUUCUUAAAUCAAAUCUGUUAUUUUACAGUUUCAUGGAUCCUCUUUAAAUUCAUUCUUAAUUUUUUUGUCACCAUCCGCUUCUGAAAACAUGCACAGACUGUACAUACACACACUCUCACACGUGUGAAAGUGACCCCCUCAGCGUGUCAUAACAGCAGGAUUGUGGCAGAUGGCGUCUGUUUCCUGCUUCAGCACGCUGCUAUGAACUCUGGGGGAUUGAGUCCCUGGGGACCAGCGCAAUGCUAGCCUAGCGUCAGCGUGUGUGAGAGAUAGAGGCAUGUGCCCGGUGUGUGUGCAUCUGUGUGUGUUUCUUGCUAUUGUGCUUGCGUUUGUAGUAAUGAGCCCAUGGCCCCAUGGGAAACUAAGUCUUUAUUAUUAUUAGUCAUCAGCUGGAGGAUCGUCAUUAGCAGAGCUCUACUCAUAAUUGCCUUAUCAGUGUUAUCAGCAGGUCACAUUCCAGCCUCAUCGAUCCGUUCUGGUCGCAACACUGAUAAUAGCUGAUCAGCUGAUGAGACUGUGGCUCUUCAUCUACUGACUCCUGACUAAUCACAUCUCUCCUGGCAUCAGUGAAUGGCCAUGGCUUGUUAAAACUGGCAUUGUCAUCUUCAGAUGAUGGUGCUGGCAGAACCUCCAGUUGUCCAGCAGCUGAAAAGAACAUACAAGUACUUUCAGGACUACAGACAGAUGAUCAUUGAGCCAACGAGCCCGAAACUGCUGCCCGACCCGCUGAAAGAGCCGUAUUACCAACCUCCUUACACUCUGGUGCUAGAGCUCACCGACGUCCUGCUGCACCCAGAGUGGUCGUUGUCGACAGGUUGGCGGUUUAAAAAACGCCCGGGCAUUGACUACCUGUUCCAGCAGCUGGCGCCUCUUUACGAGAUUGUCAUCUUUACUGCAGAGACCGGCAUGACGGCAUUCCCUCUGAUUGAUAGCAUUGAUCCUCAGGGUUUCGUCAUGUAUCGUCUCUUCAGAGAUGCAACACGUUACAUGGAGGGACAUCAUGUCAAGGACGUUUCUUGUCUGAACCGUGACACCAGUAAGGUGAUCGUGGUCGACUGUAAGCGGGAGGCGUUCAGCCUGCAGCCCUUCAAUGGAAUGGCCCUGAAGAAAUGGGACGGGAACUCGGAGGACAGGACGCUCUACGACCUUGCCAACUUCCUCAAGGCCAUCGCUCUGGGCGGUGUUGAUGACGUUCGGUUGGUGCUGGAGAACUACGCUCUCGAGGACGACCCCAUCGAGGCUUUCAAACGCAGACAGGCUCAGCUAGCACAGGAGGAGGAGCAGCGAUUGUCUGAGUCCUCCCUGCAGAAGAAACAGGGACUUUCAUUCGGUUCCAUCGCCUCGCGGUUCUGGCGCUCCAAACAGCAAUGAGCCCCCCCACACUCCCACCUAUCACAGCCCAGCUCUCCGCCAGUGUCCAGGUGAGGGAGAGGCCGGAGGAGAGGGGGGUGUGGUGGGCCUGUGGACUGUAGCUGGGGCCGUCUCCACCGUCGCAAGCAACCAGUCAUGUCAGAGUGGGCGGGGCCUGCAGUGCUGGAGCGGAGCAAGGGCAUUGGCCGUGAUGUGCACCAAUAAGAGAGGCAGACUUUUUUUUUUAUUUAUUUCUAAUUUUCCUAUUUCUCUGAGGCGGGCGUUGGUGGCCCCUCCAUGGUCACACCGGUGUCUGCUACUGAUUGGUGGUCAGGUGGAAAACUCUGGAGGCAAAUCUUAGACCAGCAGUAUGACGGUCACGCCGGCUGUGAUCAGCGGCGCCGCUCACAAGAUCUGACCCGAGAUCAGCUACACUCUGUCCCAUGCCACGCCUCCAGAACAUAUAUUUUAUUUCUCUUCCACUUUGCGUCGCUGCUGCAGAGGAAUAUGUUUCUAAAAAAAAAAAAAAAAAGAAUAAACUCUACAUAGUAUAAGAUUCAUUCAGUGUGUUCAAACGCCCACAACGUGUCGGGACAGCUGGUGGUGGCAGCGUGAACGUGUCGGGGCUCGUUUGACAUGGACUUUUACAACUGAACAGUGGCUGAGCCCAUGUAGGACAAGAAUGAAGUAAACAUUCAGAUAAUCGGAUAUGGUGUGGUGGCGGUCUAAAUUUUAAAGAUCUGACACACUUUCUGUGGCUCUGAACAUCAUUCGUUCCUGCUGAAAAUGUAAGUCUGUCAAAGGUGGGAAUAGAAUGAAGAACCAGAAGGUGUUAGAAAAAAAUAACUCUUUCUGUUCUUCCACACUGAGUUUCGGCUAUUUAUCCACACGGACCCAGCGUUUUCAGAGCCCUGAAUCACUAUUUUUGAAAGAAAAUCUCAAAAUGCCGGCCUUGCGGUUUCAUUACAAUGUAACCCUGCAGUUUUCAAAUUAAAAUUCCCAGUGUGCAUUUAUCUGUGCCAAAACACAGCCUCACAGUUUUCUAAAUAAAAGUCUCAGUUUUUGUUUGUCCCUGUGGGAGCACAAGCCUGGAUUUUUCAAAAUAAAAUGAGACCAGCACCAUUUCCUGUCAACUGUUUUAGAGGCUGCAAAACUCUGGAGUCGUGUGGACGACGAGCAUCGUGGUUUGUUUAAAAAUGAGCGUGUAAGUGUGGACUGGGCUCACUAAAUGUUUACCAUUUGAUAAAUAAUAAUAGCCUGAGUGUGAUGUGAUGUCACUGGUCUUGUCGUCUUUGCUGUUGUCUCUGUCUCUCUGUUGCUCAGAACUGUCCAGCAUCCAAAUGGACAGAUGUGACUGUGAGGACGUUCUGAGCACAGAAACCAUGGCUCAGCUGCUGUUCUGUUGUGGCGUUGAUGUGAACUUGCCAUUCACAUACUCAAUAAAAAAAAAGAAAAACUCA